AUGUGUCAGGAUGCCAACAAGGGAAGUGUCCAUACCGAAGUCACCUACACUCCUUCCUACCCAAGGACGACCUCAACAACCAACACCAUGUGUGGCAGCUACUACAGAAACUACAAUGGCUGCCGUGGCUAUGGGUGCUGUGGCUACGGAGGCCUGGGCUGUGGCUAUGGAGGCCUGGGCUGUGGCUAUGGAGGCCUGGGCUGUGGCUAUGGCUCCUUCUGUGGCUGUGGCUACAGAGGCCUGGGCUGUGGCUACCGAGGCCUGGACUGUGGCUAUGGCUGUGGCUAUGGCUAUGUCUCCCGCUCCUUCUGUGGCUGUGGCUAUAGGUGCGGCUCUGGCUAUGGCUCCAGCUUUGGCUACUACUAUUGA